AUGACAAACGCUUUCGACUUCAAUAGUAUUGGCCAGCAUCAAGACGGAGUCGACAACGUCAAUAUGCCGUCGCCAUCGUCGCCUACGCAGCAAGACACCAUACACGGCACAUCCUCAUCACAUCACCAGUCUGGAAACGUCACAGUAUAUCCCACAACUGGUCCAGAUGCAUAUACCAGCCCGAUACUGGCACCCGGAAGCUCUGGAGUCCCCGCCCUGAACCCAAGGUCAUGUGUCACUUGUCGUCGGCGCAAGGUCCGUUGCGACAAGCAGAUGCCCUGCUCGAAUUGUCGCCGUGCCCAGAUUCCCUGUGUCUUCCCGGCGCCAGGUCGUGCACCUCGCCAGCCUCGACCCAAGGAUCCCAAUGCGCAGCCCAAGACCUCGAGUCACAGGGAGGUCGAGCUGAUCAAGAGGUUGAAGAAGCUGGAGGGUAUUGUGGAAGAGCUGAGCGGCCAGAUUGAUGAGCCUUCUGGUCGUGGGCCGUCGGCUGCGGCUUCUCCGGACCUUCAGUUUGGCACGGACGGUUUGUCACAACGUCACACGUCUGUCACCUUGGAUCAACUUGCUGGACAAGAUUGCAGCCCGAGGGGGACCGACUCAUCUGCAGGCCAGAGCGGCGAGAGCGGACGCAAAGAGAAGCAGCCAAACUUUGGCCGGUUGGUGUCGGAUGACCAGCGAGGUACUUCUCGUUACGUGAGCAGUGGGUUUUGGUCUAAGCUCAAUGAUGAGUUGGAUGCCAUUCGUGAGGAGACACAACGUCUCACGGAUGAAGAUGCCGAUGAUUCGGAUUUUGAGGGAACACCUACGGACUCACCAUCUACAGGCUUCGGCAACAUCGCAGACCACCAAGGAUUCAUCUUGGGGUACCGAUCUUCAGAUGUUGACCUGCAGAAAUGUCACCCACUUCCUUCGCAUGCCACCUUUUUGUGGUCAGUGUACCAAGAGAACGUCGAACCUCUAAUUAAACUUCUGCAUGUACCUUCUGUUGAGCUGAUUCUUCGCGAUGCACGAAGAAAUCACGGCAAGCUCACCCCUGGCAACGAAGCGUUGGUUUUUGCCAUUUAUUUCGCAGCAAUUACUUCUCUUGAACCCGACGAGGUGCAAACCAACUUUGGAGUCAACAAGGAUGACAUGCUUGCUCAGUAUCGUUUCGCCGUGGAGCAGUCACUGGCCAAGGCCAAUUUCCUUGACACAUCGGAUAUUGCCGUCUUACAAGCGUUCACCAUCUUUCUCAUUGUCGUGAGGCGCCAUGAUGAGAGCCGUUUCUGCUGGGCAUUGACCGGACUUGUCAUCCGCAUUGCGCAAGGCAUGGGAUUGCAUCGAGAUGGAACUCACUUGAAGCUACGUCCGUUUGAGACGGAAAUCCGAAGACGUGUUUGGUGGGCCAUUCUGGUUCUGGACCUUCGAUCUGCCGAGGAACUAGGUACAGACAUGACCAUCAGCGAACGAUCUUAUGACACCCUGAAACCGAGCAACAUAAAUGAUUCAGACAUCAGCCCUGAAAGCACCGAAUUCCCGACCCCGCGAGAAGGCAGAUCGGAUAGCGCUGUGUCCAUCGUGAGGUGUGAGAUAUGUGCGCUCUCCAGACGUCUUGUCGCAGCCGCUUCGGCCAUGUCGUCUCUUUGCCCAACAGCCGAUCAGACCAGCAUAGCUGAGCGAGAGCGCAUGCUCAUCGAGGUGUAUCAGCGCGUGGAGCACAAGUUCCUCCAGCAUGUUCUCGAUGAACAAGACCCGCUCUACUGGGUAGCAGCGAUGAUUGCGCGUGUGAUAGUGGCAAAAAUGUGCCUCGUUAUAUACCAACCUAUGCUUUUCCCGGGAUCGGAGUUCGAGCUCUCCAACGAGAUCCGGCAACGCAUUUACGUCGCUGCUAUAGAGGUAAUCGAGUACAAUCACAAACUGAACACCGACCCUCGUUGUAAACAGUACCGCUGGCUUUUCAAGACGUACACCAACUGGCACGCAAUUGCUUACACGCUCAUUGAAACUUGUCGACGGCCGUGGACAGCUCUGGUUGAACGUGGCUGGGAAGCCGUCACCGGCUACGACAUAGACCCCCUCGAACUGGCCAAGAAGGCUGAUCAUGCAGCAGUCUUUCUUCCGCUACGAAAACUGUUCACAAGGGCUCGCAAGCACCGUGAAUCAGAACUUGCCCGCCUCAAGGCGAACCAGGAUGAGGCCCGCCGACUGGAUUUCGCAGAGCGCAUGAACCCAGCCCAAGCACGCUUCGGUCCUGUCCCUGGUGCUGAAAACGUCAUGGAACAAAUGCGCGAAAAGUGGUGGUCCCUUGUUCGUUCAGAAGGAUCAAGCCCGGCGCCUUAUUCCAUCACUCGUCAAUCUGGUCCCUCUCAAGAAGCACCAGCUUCAACAACUGCUUCCGGGAGUGACACCCUGAAACCACCGGGCAACAUUCCCGUACAACUCAACCUCUCUAGCGCAGCAAUGGAUUACAUGGAUGAACUUAUGGCGCAGCCAAACCCGAACAUGGCCGAGUUCUGGCGGAUAGAUAACCUUGCCCAUCACGGGGGUAAUUUGGGUGCUCCGGGACCAAUGCCGGCACCGCAGAUGCCAGUCCAGAACACCAUGGCCCAGGAUGCCCUUCGACAGCAGGCACUUACCCUGCAAACGCAACCGCCCAAGGAUGAUAACCUGCCGCCAUAUUUGUGGAGUGAUCCAUUUACAGGGAUGAAUACAAAGUUUGAUGGGACGGAGGAUACGGACAUGCUAGGCGAUGAUUUCGAUUGGCAGGAUUGGAGUCAGAGUAUUCGAGGCUUGGAGAUGGAGAGUACGCAAACUCGUGAGGGUUGGUGA